CCCUUUGCCCUUGUGCUGCAGGCCCCCGUUUCUCGAUUUGGCCAGCAUUUCCCGUUGACAACGGUUUGGCAAUCACCAGAACCUUCUUAUCUCCAGAUCUUCGUUCUUUGUUAUCGACAACUAUAUGUAGGUAUAUAUACCUGGCAACCGUCUUAGGUUCAGAGUCAGUACCACAUGGUGCAAUUCUUGCGCAUCAACCGAGGAGUCCAAGAGCAACCAUUAAAGCAACCAGGCUAUCGUCCCGAAUGGCUCCGCGAAACGUCGCUAUCUUUCGCUUAAAUCGACACUCAUCACGCCUAUCAACUUUCCUUCGUUGCAAUGGAAGGCACUCUCGAGCACACCCCCGAGCCUCCCUCCGAGCUCCCCCCUGAGCCUCCGCCUCACUCCCAUGGACCCUUAAGGUCAUCUAUCACAUGGCCGACUGGUAUCUGGUGGGACAACAAGCGGGCAAUUUCGCCGUUAUGGAGAGAGCUCCCAAUUGAACUCGUCCAAAAGAUUUUGAAUCACCUCAUUGAGAGCUUCAUCAACAGGUGUUUUUUCAACGACGAAUGUGAGUUUGAUGCCGACGGAAAGCUCGUCCUUUCCCCGUCCAUCGGCAUUGCCAAUGGUAUGUCAUUCAAAACCUGGAACCUUCGCCGUGAGUCUCUCUUCAGGCGUCAGAGACCUCUCAUUGAGCGCCACUUCCGAGACGAAUGGUUGAGCAGGGUGACGCUCUACCUGUGCCUUGACGCCGAGAUUGAAGCCCCCUCUCUUCGAUACUUCCACUUUCCCGAGUCGGAAGAUCAUCACGCCAUGGUGAGGGCUGGCCCCUCCCAAGACAGCCAGCGGGAUAGCGGAACGAAGGUCACUUUCUUCCUUUACAAGCCCGAAGAAAAUGGAUUCGUCGUAGACGAGGGGCUCAUGACACUGAAGGAACUGAUGGACGAUCUCCUUGAUGCUUGGGACGACUAUGUUGAGGACAGAACUUCGAGCUGCCUCGUUGUUGGGGUUCGUGCCAGAACUUGGCAGAAAGACGUUAUUGAAUUUAACCGGGCCAUGGAUAUGUACAAUCUCCGCAAGGGUUCAGUUGACCUGGAGGGCUUGGAGGUGUCUGAGGAUGGCAGGUACAUUCGGUUCAGGUGGGAGGAUUUCAUCACGGCGAUGGUGAACUGGUUCCUCUACGAGACAGAGGAAGAGCGAAGCUUGCCCCUGUAG